AUGCAUUUCAGUUUGUUCUUGUUUGCCACAACUGCUAUCUUAGUAGUCAAUGGAGCUCCCGAAUGUCCUCCAUCAAGAUCAUCGAUCGAACUUGCUCUUGAGGAAGCUCACAUUUCUGGUAUUGUUGCUAUCGUAGUCAAUUCAGACAGUAUUCUAUACGAUCAAGCAUUCGGCUAUCAGUCACCUGCUGUGACAAAUCCACAUUUGCCAAUGAGCUCUUCCAAUUCGAUUUUCGUCAUCGCUUCGAUCUCUAAAACAUUGAUUGCCUAUGCUGCUAUGCAACUUGUUGAAUUUCAACAACUCGAUCUUGAUAAAGAUAUCAAUAUGUACUUAUCUUCGUUGCCAAGAAUUGCGCAUCCAGUUCAUCCCGGAGUUAUCAUCACCAUGCGAAAUGUUCUUUCACAUAUGACCAGUAUUGGACCAAAUUUUGACGAAGAAUUGAAGGAGAUGUAUCUGCCUGGUGAUGAUUUUACGCGAACCAAUCUCUCUGAUGUGAUUUACAAGUUUGCUGGUAAUGCUUCCGACUGGUUCUAUAUUCCACAUUUCAGUUUAAGUAAUUAUCCAUCAGGUCUUCUGCGAAUGUCGGGUCGCACAUUGGCAAUAUUUCUUCAAUCAUUUUUGAAGGAUGGUUUUCCACUGCUGAAGCAAAAAUCGUCCAUGGAUGAAAUCCUUCAUGUUUAUGGUCGACAGAGUCAACCACCUGAAGCAGAUGCAGAAUAUGGUCUUAUAUGGACUUGGCUUCAAUCAGGUCAACGUCAUCUGAUUGGACAUCGAGGUUCACUACCUGGCUUUACUAAUUCCAUGAUGGCGAAUGAGAACCGAACGAUAGGAGUAAUCUUACUUACCAAUGGUGAUAUUACUAGAGGUGACGCUGAUGCCAUGAGAGUUUAUCAAGCAUCGACUAGCAUUAUGACUCAAUUAUUCGAUUGUUUCGAUACGAACGAAUGUGGAAAGAUUCGUUCAUCUCUCGAUGUUCUAUUAAUAACUUUUUUUCUUUUUCUUUUCAAUUAUUAA